AGGAUCAUGAUUUCUCAGAAAAUUCGUCUUAAUGGUCCAAUUCCAGUGGCUGAUUUUAUGCGAACUGCUAUAGCCUCGCCAAAUGUUGGGUAUUAUUCAAGGUAUUCACGGGAUGACUGUAAUAUAUUUGGAGAGAAAGGUGACUUUAUAACAGCACCCGAAUUAUGCCAGCUUUAUGGAGAGAUGAUUGGAGUUUGGUGUUAUUAUGAAUUGGCAAAUACUGGUCACAAAGGUCAGUGGCAGCUAGUAGAAAGUGGUCCUGGUUCCGGACAGUUGAUGAAAGAUGUCGUAAGCGUUAUGGAGAGGUUCAAGGAAAGUGAUUUAUCGAUACAUCUCGUUGAGGUAUCGGACUCUUUGAUACUUGAACAGGAAAAAACUUUGUGUUGUAAACCAUCUGAGUUCAUUGACGGCAAUCCUCACAUACGAUUCAAUACAACCAAAGGCGGAAUACCGGUAUACUGGUAUCGUUCGAUAACUGAAAUUCCGGAGAAGUUCUCAGUAUUCAUUGCCAACGAAUUUCUUGAUGCUUUGCCUAUUCAUCAGUUCAAGAAGGGUGAUGAUGGUAAAUGGCACGAAGUUUACGUGACUCUAGAUGAGAACGAAAAUCUGUGUUUUAUGCUCUCAAAAAGCGAGAACCUUUUUACGCUUGGAUUAAUUCCUCAAGAAAUUCGUGGAGAUCCUCAGCGAAAAGAGUAUGAAAUUUCUCCUGCUGCUGGAAAAUUUAUUAACCAGAUUGCUGAACGUAUUACUGCUUUUGGUGGAUUUGCUUUGAUGAUGGACUAUGGUCAUGAUGGUUCAAGGAAUGAUUUCUCACUGCGAGCAUACUACAAGCAUAAUCUUGUAAAUCCACUUGAAAGGCCUGGUGAACACGAUUUGACAGCAGAUGUCGAUUUUGGCUAUUUGAAGAAAUUGGUAGAGGAUCGUCUUCUUGUUUUCGGACCUGUAGAACAGAGAGAGUUCUUAACUCAAAUGGGAGUUGGCCUGCGGUUGAGAAGACUUUUAGACGAAUGUACUUCGAGAACAGAUCAAGAAAAUUUGAUCAAAGCGUACAAUUUGUUGAUUGAUGAGCACGGGAUGGGAACACGUUUCAAAGCAAUGUGCUUGUUUCCUAAAACCUUGAACAACAUAAUCGAAGUCAGGGGAGGAACGCCAGCAGGAUUUGGUACGAAAGAAACUAAACAUUUAAAUAUUAAUCCUUUGAAGGAGCUAGCUGGUGUUCAGAUUAAGUAA